AUGGCACCCAAGAACAAGGGAAAGAAGGGAAAAAAACAGGACGAUGAUGAUUUCUGGGAGCAAGCAGGCACGUCCGUCGCUGGCAACAACGUCGCACCACCCGAAGAUGCAGGAGAGGCACCCGAGGAUGAAAUCAAGCCGCGGAAGGGAGGAUUCUCUGCUUUCGCUGCAUUAGGUGGAGACGAUGGCGAUGCGGCCGCCGAGGAGGAGGAAGACUUUGGUGGGCUCAUGUCUGUUAUAAAGGCCUCCGCGAAAAAUAAGAAGAAGGACAAGGAGAAGAAGGGCGGAAAGAAGGCAGCACCCGAGGUGUCCUUCCAGGACGGACUGCCGCCCGGCGAAGGCUCCGAUAGGGAGGAUGCGGCAGCUGGUGGAGACAUCAGUGCGCCAAAGAAGCCAGUGGAGAUGACAGCGGAGGAGCUGGCGGACGAGGAGUGGGGCCCGGUGAAGGAGAAGAGCAAGAAGGGCAAAAAGGGCAAGGCAAAGAAGAGCAAGGCGCAUGAAGAGGAAGAGGAGGAGGAGAAACCAGCGCCUGUGGAAGAGGAGGCUGCACCUGCUGAGACACCAGCACCAGCUACGGCGAAAGAGGAAGAGAACGAGGAGGGCGCCGCUGAGGAGGAAGGACCAAAAGUCCUAGGUUCGCUCUCGCUCAUGGAACUCCAGGCCAAGAAGAAGGCUCAAGUGGCAGCGAAGAAGGCUGCACAAGGCGAAGCUGCUGAGGCAGAGGCGCCUUCACCAACGACACCUGCACCAGCACCAGCACCGCUACCUGCAGAGAAGGAGGAAGGCGAGGGCGAGGGUGAGGCGGCUGGAGGCAAGGCCGAGUCGAAGAAGAAAAAGAAAAAGAAGCCAAAGAAGGAGGAGGAGGCGGUGCCCACCACAGCUCCUGCCGCAGGGAAGAAGAAGGGCAUAGCGAUCAGCGCACUGAAAGCGUUGAUGGAGGAGAAGAAGCGACUGGAGGAUGAGGCGAGGAGGAGGGAGGAGGAAGAGCAGAGGAAGAUCGAGGAGGAGGAACGGCUCGCGGAGGAGGAGGCGAAGAGGAAGGAGGAGGAGAAGCAGCGGAGGAAGGAGAAGGAGAAGGCUAAGCGCGAGAUAGCGAAGAAGGAGGGCCGGCUGCUCACCAAGAAGCAGAAGGAAGAGCAGCGUAUGGCCGAGCUGCGCAAGCAGGCCCUCCUCGCAUCCGGCGUGCAGAUCGAGGGCCUGCAGCAGCAAGCCGGUGGGCAGGCCUCGAAAAAGGUCGUCUACGGCGGCCGGAAGAAGAAAGCACCUACGAGCACGACGGAAAGUGGACCCGUGACGAGGGAGGCAUCACCAGCGCUGGAGGAGAAGCCCGCCACGCCCGAGCCUGCACCUGAGCCUGCACCUGAGCCUGCACCCCAGCCGGAGGAGGCGAAGCCGGAGGGAGAUGGCGUGAAGAGCGACUGGGAGGCGAGCAGCGACGAGGAGAAGCCUGCGGAGGGCGUGAAGGAGUCGUGGGACGACAGUGAGGAAGAGGAAGAGAAGGCUCCUGAAUCGCCGAAGGAGAAGUCGGCUGCUAAUGGCGCAGCCAAACGUGCUGUUGAAGCUAAAGCAGCGCCAGCCAAAGCAGUACCAGCGAAGGCGGCAGCCGCACCCGCGCCAGCAAAGGGUCAUGGCGCGGCGGCCGAGGAGGAAUCGUCAGAAGAGGAGAGCUCCGAGGAGGAAUCGUCAGAAGAGGAAGAAUCGAGCGAAGAUGAGUCGUCAAGCGAGGACUCGGAUGGGAUGACGAAGACGCAACAGAUGGCGGCGCAACGCAAGGCGGAGGCUGCGGAGCGGCGGGCGAAGGUGCACGAGGCGGCGCUGGCGGCGAGGUCGAAGGAUAAUUUGCGGAGCCCGAUUUGUUGCAUCCUGGGACACGUCGAUACGGGAAAGACGAAGUUGCUCGACAAGAUUCGGCAAACUAACGUGCAGGAAGGCGAAGCGGGUGGUAUCACGCAGCAGAUUGGCGCAACCUACUUCCCCAUCGACGCGAUCAAGACGAAGACCGCUAUCCUCAACAAGGCUCGUGCUCUUCUUGGUUUGCUUAUCUCACGGACUUGCUCAUGCUGUGUUUCUUCACAGGAUGGCUCGCAGGAAUACAAGAUUCCUGGCUUGUUGGUCAUCGAUACCCCCGGUCAUGAGUCUUUCACGAAUUUGCGUUCCCGUGGAAGCUCGCUAUGUAACAUUGCCAUUCUGGUGGUCGAUAUCAUGCACGGUCUUGAGCCCCAGACACUGGAGUCGCUCCGAUUGCUCAGGGAUCGUAAGACGCCGUUCAUCGUAGCUCUGAACAAGAUCGAUCGUAUGUAUGGCUGGGAAGCCACGCCAGACAAUGAUUUCCGCAGCUCGCUCGCGAAGCAGAAGCGCUCCGUGCAGCGUGAGUUUGAGGAUCGUGUGCAGAAGACGAUCGUCGCGUUCGCGGAGCAGGGUUUGAAUGCCGUGCUCUACUACGAGAAUAAGAACUUCGCGCGCAACGUCUCGCUGGUGCCAACCUCCGCUAUCACCGGCGAAGGUGUACCGGACAUGAUCAUGCUUCUCGUGAACCUCACUCAGCAGCGCAUGAGUGACAGCUUGAUGUACCUGUCGGAGCUGGAGUGUACGGUGCUUGAGGUGAAGGUCAUCGAGGGUCUUGGGACGACUAUCGACGUGGUCCUCUCGAACGGUAUCCUGCACGAGGGUGACAAGAUCGUUUCGGCGUACGUCCAUCACAAGGAGGUCAAGGCGGCUCUCGGUGUCAAGCUCGUGGCUCCGGAUUUGGAGAAGGCAAUUGCCGGUUCCCGCUUGCUCGUUGUUGGCCCCGAUGACGAUGAAGAGGAGCUCAUGGACGAGGUCAUGUCCGACCUGACGACCCUACUUAACUCGAUUGACAAGUCCGGACGCGGCGUCUGCGUGCAGGCGAGUACACUGGGUUCGCUGGAAGCGCUGCUCGACUUCCUCAAGUCGAGCAAGAUCCCUGUCUCCGGUAUCAACAUCGGUCCCAUUCACAAGAAGGAUAUCAUGCGCGCGGCCACCAUGCUGGAGAAGGCGAAGGAGCUUGCAUGUAUUCUGUGCUUCGAUGUGCCGGUCGACAAGGAAGCGGAGAAGCUCGCGGAUGAGAUGGGUAUUCGUCUGUUCAAAGCGGACAUUAUUUACCACUUGUUUGACGCCUUCACGGCGUACAACAACGAGAUCACGGAGGCGAAGCGGCGCGACGCCGCUCCCCAGGCAGUCUGGCCAUGCAGGCUCAAGAUCAUCGCUGCCUUCUGUAAGCGUGACCCUAUCAUCCUGGGUGUAGAUAUUCUGGAUGGCACGUUGCGGGUGGGCACGCCGCUAUGUGUCAUCAAGGUCGACCCAGAGACGCAAAAGAAGGAAAUCAUUGACCUCGGACGAAUUACCUCGCUGGAGAUCAAUCACAAGACACAAGACAUUGUGAAGAAGUCUCAAGCUGGCGGCGGUGUUGCUGUGAAGAUCGAACACGCUGUGUACCAGUCGGCAAAGAUGUUUGGGCGGCAUUUCGAUGAAAAGGACGAGCUCUACAGCCAUAUCACGCGACAAAGUAUUGAUGUCCUGAAGACUUCCUUCAAGCAAGACGUAAGCAACGACGAAUGGCUCCUUAUCAAGGCACUGAAGCCUUUCAUGCGAGAGAUGAACACCGAAACCGUAAACAUCAUCGACACGAAGAUCGACAGCGAGCGUGUCUCGCUCGGCGACGAAGACGAGAUUCAGCUGUACAUGGUGACUGGAACGGCUACGGGUAUCCUCGUUGUGAUGCUACUCGCCGGCUUGCUGGCCAUUUCGUAUAAUGACCAACUCGAGCGGAGGGAGCUGAUGAUCAGCGAGGGGAAGCCCCCCAGUGUCACCCAAAAGCUCGGAUACACACAGCAACUUCACCGUAGUUGGAGCCUUGUAGAGAAUUUUGCGGCUAGCUUUGUUGCUCUCAACUUCAUCGGAGGCGUCCGUGCUGGUAUUUUUCUUGGGUUGCAAGCCGGCGGACCCGCUGCAACAUGGUCCACCUACAUCAUUUCGAUGAUUGGCAUGUUCAUUACGGCGGCCGUCAUGGCUGAGAUCUGCUCUGCCUUGCCGUUGAGCGGGUCUAUCUACGUCUGGAGUGCUGAGAGUGCCGGCCCGAAACAUGGACGUUUUUUCGGCUUCAUUGUUGCCUGGUGGGCGUGUACGGCUUGGAUGACGUUCGCUGCUUACUGCUGCCUGGCGUCGGCUAACUACAUCGUCUCGGAACUGGUAGUGUAUAACAUUAACUACCCAGGUGGUGUCGGGAACGACACCAUUCAAUGGCGCUCUCUCGUCUGGGCGAUUUCAGAGGGAUGCCUGGUUGUCGCAGUUGCGAUCAAUUACCUUCCCCCGAGGAUGUACUCCGCCGUAUUCAAGUUCUCAAUGGCUUUGUACAUGCUGGACUUCAUUCUUUGCCUUAUCUGGCUUCCGAUCGGCGUGUCUAAGUCCUAUGGUUUCCGCUCGCGCAAGGAUGUGUUCACUCUUGUUUACAACGACACUGGGGCUCCUCCUGCAUGGAACUUCCUCUUAUGCUUCCUGUACUCUGCCGGGACUAUGAUUGGUUUCGAUGCGUCUGGGCACGUUGCCGAAGAGACGAAGCAUGCUAGUGUCAUCGCCGGCCGCGGGAUUCUGUACAGUUGCAUUGCCACGGGUGUCCUUGGAUUCGCCACCACUAUUCUGUUCCUCUUCUGCACGCCAGAUUUGGACACGCUGUUCUCCUUGGGCGCUCCGCAACCAUUCGUCCAGAUCUACGCCAUGGCGCUCGGCAAAGGCGGAAGUAUCUUCAUGACAAUUCUCGCAACGCUUGGACUUAUUCUUAAUACGAGUGUCUCCAUAGUCGCUGCAUCCCGCCUGAUUUACGCUGUCGCUCGUGACGGUGUACUCCCAUUCUCUGGAUGGAUUGGACAGGUCGACGCGCAGCGCCAGCCUCGUAACGCCGUCACCGUCAUGUUCGUUUUCGCCGCGGCGCUGCUAUGCACGAUCCUGCCCAGUUCGGUCGCCUUCUCCUCCCUCACGUCAGCGGGCGCCAUUCCCACCACUGCGGCGUACGGUUUGAUUGCACUGCUGCGUCUGAUCGCAACGCCGGAUGAUUUCAAGUCGUCGCACUUCUACUUGGGCAGGUGGAGGAAGCCGUUCUAUAUUAUCGCCGUACUGUUCAAUGGCCUAAUUUUCGCGGUUCAAAUCUCGCCGUUCUAUUUCCCAGUCGACGCUCAGUCAUUUAACUUCGCACCUGUCAUCCUCGGCGCGGUCACCAUUUUUGGCAUCCUUAGUUGGUACUUCAUUCCUGAAAACAAGUGGCUACGCCGCGACCAGGUCCUGAGGGCGCUCGAGGUUGCUGAUGAAGAGCCUCAGGCUGGCAGUUCCAGCAUCGAUGGCAGAGAUGGUGCUCGGCUCCGUCGCGAUUCCGUCAGCAAGACUGUCGACGACGAAGUUGAUGUUCAGUGA